AUGGCUGCACGCGCAACCUUUGAUCAAUGCGAGACCGGGCACAUUGAAAUGGAAGCUUUUGCUUCUGAUCUGGAGGAGCUGGCCGAGACCUCCAGCUCCACUUCCACUGACCCAGCAGGACAGGACCAAGCACCAGCUGGCCAUGCAGCUGGAACACCAAUGCUGGAAGAACAGGGUUCACGGCGGUUUCCCGAUGAAGAGGAAUCCAAAGGUUUACCUCUGAGAUCCUCUGAGGAAGGCGCUGGCCAAGACAGCAGCUGCUCGCCACUCAGCUUCCCACAGAAACUCUGGGUACUGGCCGAAAGUGAGCAAGUGAAGAGCAUUCGGUGGGGCCAUGGAGGAAACUGCAUCGUGGUCGAGGAAGAACGGUUCAUGGAGGAAGUCCUGGCCAAGGAAGCGCCUGUGAGAGCCUUUGGGUGUACAAGCGUGAAAAGCUUUGUUCGCCAGCUCAACCACUACGGCUUCACCAAAGUGCCACGGGACCUGGAAAGAUCUCCGUCCCUUCCUGAGUUUCUGGCUGAGGAAGAAGCGAUUGCUGCCGGUAGGAAGCUACUCCUCUACUCCAGCCCAUUCUUCAGAAGAGAUUACCCGUGGCUGCUGGAGCGCUGCAAGCGCAGAGCGGCCCACAAGAGAAAAGCCGUGGCUGCCCCUGCGCUGCAGGAGAGUGGGAACGAGAGCCCCCAGAGGAGCAGCCCAGAUGUCCGGCCCACACAGGGAGCGGCCGCUGGGCCAGUGAGGAACCUGCAGGCAGCAGAGCACCAAGGCACGCAGGCAGCAUCGCCCUUGGGGUCCGCGCCAGCCAAGCGCCCUAAGAAUGACACCCUCCGAGCCCAAGGAGGCGAUGCUCACAUCCUGCCAGGCCCUGCUGCUGCACCAGCACUGGAACAGCACCAGGCUCUGCCCUGCUCUGUGCUGCCACCGAGCAGCAACCACGUGCUGGGUGCCACUUGCACUCCACCACCACAGGGCACUCUGCCCUUUGUGGUCCCUACUUUCACACCAGGCCAUCCUCAGCAGGAGCUCCCGCAGCCCCCAGAAACACCACAGCUGCAGGCUCCCUGGGACGCCCUGACUUUCCUUGGCUCCUGCUUUGCAAUGGCCAUGAGGGCAGCAGCCAUGAUGAUGCCACCAGGCUGGCAGCCCCGUGCAGCCCCGCACUGCCCAACGUGCACCUGCAGCCAGCACCAGGCAGCCCCGCACUGCCCAACGUGCACCUGCAGCCAGCGCCGGGCAGAUGCAGGACAUGGGAUGGGCCCGUAGUGCGGGACCCAUUGCAGGCAGUGCCACAGCCGCCCCUCCUUACUCGUUCCUAGUUUGUUGCUCAUAGGUGCGUAGUUUCGGAAAUAGCAUGUUGCAGUUAUUACCCUUCUCAGUUCUCAUGCCCCUCUG